CGUCGGGAGCUCAGUGGGAACCGAGCCUGCGAGGCCGGCCGGCGCCAGCACCUUUGGGCUUCUGGGACGGCGGCGGCGGCGUCGUUCAGGUUCUAAAUGGCUUCUAAGAAGUUGGGUGCAGAUAUUCAUGGGACUUUCAGUUACCUUGAUGAUGUCCCAUUUAAGAUAGGAGACAAAUUCAAAACACCAGCUAAAGUUGGUCUACCUAUUGGCUUCUCCUUGCCUGAUUGUUUGCAGGUUGUCAGAGAAGUACAGUAUGACUUCUCCUUGGAAAAGAAAACCAUUGAGUGGGCUGAAGACGUUAAGAAAAUCCAAGAUGCCCAGCGGGAAGCAGAGCGCAAGGCUGAGGAGGCAGAAGCUAAAGUGAAUUCUAAGAGUGGCCCAGAGGGUGAUAACAAAAUGAGUUUCUCCAAGACUUCAAGUAUAGCCACCAUGCCGCCGCCUAUUAACCCCAUCCUCGCCAGCUUACAGCACAACAGCAUCCUCACUCCGACACGCGUCAGCAGUAGUGCCACAAAACAGAAAGUUCUCAGCCCACCCCACACAAAGGCAGAUUUCAAUCCUGCUGACUUUGAGUGUGAAGAGGACCCAUUUGAUAAUCUGGAGUUAAAAACCAUUGAUGAGAAAGAAGAGCUGAGAAACAUUCUGGUAGGAACCACUGGACCCAUUAUGGCUCAGCUGUUGGACAAUAACUUGCCCAGAGGCAGCUCUGGGUCUGUAUUACAGGAUGAGGAGGUCCUGGCCUCCCUGGAGAGGGCGACCCUUGAUUUCAAGCCUCUUCAUAAACCCAAUGGCUUUAUAACCUUACCACAGUUGGGUAACUGUGAAAAGAUGUCGCUGUCUUCCAAAGUGUCCCUCCCCCCAAUUCCUUCAGUAAGCAAUAUCAAAUCCCUGUCCUUCCCCAAACUGGACUCUGAUGACAGCAAUCAGAAGACGGCCAGACUGGCGAGCACUUUCCAUAGCACAUCCUGCCUCCGCAGUGGCGCGUUCCUGAAUUCCCUAAAGCCUUCCACCCAAAGCAGUGCCAGGGAGCUCAAUGGGCAUCAUACUCUUGGGCUUUCAGCUUUGAACUUGGACAGUGGCACAGAGGUGCCCACCCUCGCACCCUCCCAGAUGCCUUCCCUUUCUGUCCUGUCUGUGUGCACAGAAGAAUCAUCACCUCCACAUACAGGCUCCACGGUUGCCCCUCCUAAUUUCUCAACGUCACAAGUGCCCAGCUGUCCCCAGGCCUAUUCUGAACUGCAGACAUUGUCCCCCAGCGAGCGGCAGUGUGUGGAGACAGUGGUCAACAUGGGCUACUCAUACGAGUGUGUCAUGAGAGCCCUGAAGAAGAAAGGAGAGAAUAUUGAGCAGAUUCUCGACUAUCUCUUUGCACAUGGACAGCUUUGCGAGAAGGGCUUUGACCCUCUUUUAGUGGAAGAGGCUUUGGAAAUGCAGCAGUGUUCAGAAGAAAAGAUGAUGGAGUUUCUUCAGUUAAUGAGCAAGUUUAAGGAAAUGGGCUUUGAACUGAAGGACAUUAAGGAAGCUUUGGUAUUACACAACAAUGACCAGGACAAUGCUUUGGAAGACCUCAUGGCCCGGGCAGGAGCCAGCUGAGACCAGGCCCUGCCACAGCCCUGCCACGGAACCACCACCCCCAGGAAGCCCCUGCAGAGCCCACCUGUGGGGAAGGCGAAGGGGAAUACUUCUGGAUUUUCUUUUGGGACUUAAGACGGUCAGGCGUGGAGACUGUGCUUGUCAUUCUCCACGAGUGCAGGGCCCGAGCUGGGGAGAAGCGGGAAGAUUUGGGCAUGCUAAUGCCCCCAGACCUGUCCUGGCUUCUCUAUUAAACGUGUUUGUACCUUGAGAAGUGUCCUUCCCACCUGGGCCCUCCAGAAAGACGAGCUUGGUCUUCUCUUGGGUCUUUACGUCCUCAGCCCUGGCUUGGCCACCAAGAGGAGUCAGGGAGAAGUGGGGGAGAGGGCCAAACUCAGUGCUGCUUUGGGGCUCGAUGCUUCUCCCUGCCCCACACUAGUGGACUGAACUCUAAUCCAAGUUGAGUACAAGUGAAAGGUUCUUCCAGGGUUUCAUUCCCCCCUCAACAAAGCCUCUUAGUGUUACACUGGUUCUGCAAUGUCUGCGGUGCGAAGAAUGCACUUUUAUCCAGGGGCCUGAGUUUGUCUUUCGCCAGGCAGUCACUAUGCUUCCCUGCCCCAGCCUGUCUCUCCUGAUGUGGUUUGGACCACAGUCUCUGCUGCCCAGGGUUACAGAGCCCCUGCUCUAGGAAACAGUUGUCAGUUUAACCCUUGGCCCCUUCGCAGCACAUUCAGUGGGCGAGACAACAGGCCACGGUGCCGUCACCCAGCACUAACUCCACUUCUGUUCUUGGACAGCCUCUCCCCCUUGCAGCCCACUGCUUUAGAAUGACACAAGUAACACCUAGUCAUAGAAAUCAGUCUCUUUGGUUUUGUAUUAUGUUGAACAUUAAAAAUCUAAAUACAAAGAA